CCCCUUCCCUGCUGGGAGCUUGGCUUGCUGUCCUGUGAUAGCGGCACUCCUGUGGGUAUCAUGAGUGCAUUUGGUGUGUUGGGUUCGUGGAGACGGGUCCUGGCGACCAGUGAGAUCUCCGUGCCCUGGAGUGAUUUCGAAACACUCCUUUGCUGGGCUACACAGCGGGGAUUCUUUUCCGACCCUACGGAGGCGUUCUCUGAGGCGGCGUGGUCUUGCGUGAAUGACCACCUCGUGCAGGAGAUGAUGGCUGGUGGUCCUGCCAGCGUGAAAUUGAUGUGGCACACAUUGCAGGAUGUUGCUCGGGCUGCAUGGGGGUCUGAACCUUGCAGCUCUGCAGGUUCCCGGAAGGACCUGUCCGUCUCGGAUGGGGAUGAAAGGGAAUCUGAGCUUUUGAGCGACGCAGAAGCUUCCUCCGCUUCCCGGCGGGGGGAGCUGGAGGAUGAUUCCGCCUCCGAGGGUGGUGGUUGGUCCUCGGAGGAGGAUCGGUCUCUCACCCCUCGGUUCCAGAGUGGUCAGCCGGGGGGCGGAGUCCCGCGGGUUUCUGGGGGUCCCGGGGAGGCAGCUCGGCUGACUCGCCCUGCCCCGAACCGCGGUGUGGAGGGGCAGCCGUCGUCCCCCUGUGCCUUCCCGGCGCUCGGGGGCGAUGAGGGGCCCCUGGAUCAGUGCCCGGUUUUGUUCGGGUCUGAUUUGGUGACAACGCUCUGUUCGCAUUGUGGUAAGUCCACAACAUAUUCCCUGCGGCCGGCGGAAGCGGGUUCGCCCGCUUCAGAUUCGGGCCCGUCCCGCGGGGGGACAGUCUCUCCUGUUUCUGAGCCUGAGCAGCCCGCCGGGCAUGCGCAGGCGGUGGAGGCUGCCGGAGGCGGGGCGUUGGUCGGUGCUCGAUCUCGUCCCAUCAUGGUGGGCGGCAUGCCUGCCUCGCUGUGUACAGCGGAGGCGGAGUCGGCUGCGGCCUCCCGUGAGAUGGGGCGGGUGCUGCUAGGGGCUGUGCCAACCUCCCUUGUGCCGCCCCGCGCUGACGUGGCUCCGCGAGCCGCAUCUCUCCCUGUGUCCCGCCCCUCCCCUGCGCGGGAGACGGGUGGCUCCGCGUCGGGUUGGCGGUCUGUGCCGGCGCCUGCGUCCACUGCGGCGCCCUCUGCCGGUGCCGAGGCGGACGGCGCUGCCGGGGGAGCAGCUGGUUCGGCCCCGCAGUCCCCGUCUUCUGCGGGGGCUGCGGCGCGCCAGGGCGCUGGGGUGUUCACCUUUAGCGCGACUGCUGACGCGGCCAGCGGGAAACCGGUGUUCUCCCGGGGUCGCAGGUCCUCCCUGCCGGGUGUGUGGACUCUUCCCCCGUGCCAGGUGACCGUGCGUCCGAAGGAUCCCAGGCGAUUCUGGGGGGAAGUCGGAGCUACGGCUGAUGAGAUGCGUGAGCCUGUCUCCUCGCAGCGUCUGCAGGAUCACGGAGGGGGCUCCUCUGGCUCUGCUGGUGCUGCGGGGGAUGCGGGGUCGAGUGCUGUCGCAGUGCCUCGCAGUCAGGCAGCUGCUCUUGUUCCCGUGGGGCCCACGGGACGGGAUACGGCAGGUAUUGCGGCCUUGCCAGAAGGCCCCCAGGCUUUUCCUGUGAUCAGGGGCCUUGCUCAUAACACUUAUGAGCCUCUGCCCUUCAAGACAAAGACAAAACUCCGUGAGACGGUUGCUCGACAUGGUCUGGGCUCUUCUGAAGUCAUGCACAUGCUUCGCAUGAUUUCUCCUGAGGUGCGCACGCCUGCCGAUGUCCGUGACGUUGCGCGUGCUCUUUUUGAUCCCGUGCAAUUUGGCGUCUUUGAGACCAAGUGGGCUCGCUUGGCAGCCACUACAGCACAGCAUAAUGCUACACUGGGGCCGCAGGAUCCCAGGAGAGUGGCUGACGUUGACAUGCUGAUGGGUACAGGCAAUUACACUGAGCCUCAGGGACAGGCUGGUUUCUCUCCCUCCGUGCUUGAGCAGUGUCAAGCACUAGGCAUGUCGGCAGUGAUUCAGACCGUAGAAAUGGCUGCUCCACGGCAACCAUUUGCAACCAUUGUCCAGAAGGCUGAUGAGCCUUUCAUGACAUUCGUGGGGAGGCUGACUGCCUCGGUGGAGAGGCAACUGACAAAUCCGCUGACACGAGAGGCUGUGAUUGCGGACCUAGCGAGGAGCAACUGUACGGCAGACUGUAAGAGAGUCAUAGACGCUCUUCCUGGUGGGGCUACUGUCUCGCAAAUGACAGAGGCCUGUUCGGUCAUAGGUCCCCCUGUUCAGAAGAUGGCUGCCUGGGCUACUGCUGCGCAGCCAGUCUGGGCAGCGCCACAGGGCUGGCAGAAGCAGCAGGGGAAUGCUCAGGGCAGCAAGAAACGGGGGAAGAAAGAACAGAAGGAAAAGAUUCCUAUGUUUCUGUGUGGUCGGUGUGGAAGACCGAACCAUAUGACAAAUGUCUGCAAGGCAACGGUUCAUGCUAAUGGCCAGGCACUGCCGGGCUCGGGAAACGGGAAGCGAAGCGCGAAGGGGAGACGCGCUCAGACACAAGCUUCUCUCCAGACCCUGGAGCCGAUGGAGGUUUGCUCAGUCGGCUUGCAGCCAGCACCCGCGGCUCAGCGGGUGUAG